CGGAUCUGAAGUCAAUAUCGCGUUAUUUUGGCCUAAUUCAACGUUUCUACUUCGGAAUGGAAAGCUGAUCCUAUAUAUUUUUGCCUACGAGAAACGCCAUUGAUCCUUCAUUACGUGGUCUGGUGGCAACAGCUGUAAAUCCUACCAGCUCUAAUGUCCCUGCUAGAAUCAUGAAAAUGCAUUACACAAUUGAAUUAAGGUAGUGAAAAAUAAAGUUAAAGAAAAAAAAAAUGCUUUCUCGUUUAUUGAAGGAGCAUCAUGCAAAGCAAAACGAGAGAAAAGAACUCCAAGAGAGACGCAGACGAGAGGCAAUUGCAGCUGCCACCUGUCUAACAGAAGCCUUGGUAGAUCACCUUAAUGUUGGGGUGGCCCAGGCGUACGUGAACCAGAGGAAGCUGGACCACGAGGUGAAGACGCUACAGGUGCAGGCCGGCCAGUUCUCCAAGCAGACCGCUCAGUGGAUCAGUAUGGUGGAAGGCUUUAACCAAGCCCUGAAGGAAAUCGGUGAUGUGGAGAACUGGGCUCGCAGCAUUGAGGUGGACAUGAGAACCAUCGCCACAGCUCUGGAGUACGUACACAAGGGUCAGCUCACAUCAGCCUCUUCAUAGAUACGCUGAACCAAAACCUGGAACUGAUAGCCUGCUGCUAGCUUCAGUAGCCUGAUAGCCUGCUGCUAGCUUCAGUAGCCUGAUAGCCUGCUGCUAGCUUCAGUAGCCUGAUAGCCUGCUGCUAGCUUCAGUAGCCUGAUAGCCUGCUGCUAGCUUCAGUAGCCUG